AUGAUAGAACAAACACCAAAAAGAGAACAGCUACACAUGUUUGAUUUAUUAGAAUGUGCAUACUCUUUAGAUAAUAUAGAAGCAUACAAUAGUAAUAAUUAUACAACAGUAGCAUUAGCAUUCAGUUUAAAAAAUAGUAAAAGUAAUAACAAUACAACAACAGCAGCACCAGAAUCUACAACAUUCAUUUUAAGAAAUAGUAAUAAAAAAAAAAAAAAAAAAUUUGACAAUGAUGAGAAAUUAAAUAGAGAAAGAAAAGAAAGAAUAGAUAAAGAACGUAUUGAAAAAGAAAAAUUAUUAAAACACCCUCCUAAAAAUUUAAAUCUUCAAUCUAGGGCAGGUUUACCAUAA